AUGGCGUCGACCGCCGAUACUCAUACGAUCCAGGACGAUAGCGAGCAGCAUGUCUACCGCAGCAACAGCCAGGACCAAGGCGCUGAUGCUGCUGCUGCCGCUGCCGCCGCCGCUGCCGCGCAACACCGGCGCGGAUACCAGGCCUGCGAUCCAUGUCGCAAGCGCAAGGUCAAGUGCGAUCUUGGAAGUGUCGAUAACCCCCGCCCUCCACCAUGUGUGCGAUGCCGUCGCGAAAGCAAACGCUGCGAAUUCUCCGCAACCAGGAGGAAAAGAAAGGCAUCCGAUGCCGACCAGGAGGCAGAAGGCCCUCUGCGCCGCGAUAGGCGCAUGAUGAUUGGGGAGGUGUCCUACAGCGAGUCGCCAAGCAUCGGCAGUAAUGGGAACAACAACGAGUCGCCGUAUGUUCCUCCUGCGACAGCCUCGUAUGAGAGUGGUGGCGGUCUUACAAAACCCCAAUGGCCUGAAACCUCACCUUCUGUGGCCCAUCGACCGACUCCUGUCUCUCAAAAGGACCAAUAUCAGCCCAGCGCCCCGCCGGCAACGUCCAACUUCCGCGACACCACAACAAAUAUACAAUCGGGUUCAUACUCGAUGCAUAGUCGAGCUUCAACGGGGAUUGAAAGUAGGCAGCAUGUCAUGAACAAGACCGCCGCCGACUUGCUCUUCCCGACUAUCAGCAACAGCCAUGAUGCGUUGCACCUACUAUCAGAGGCUGCUGGAAGGACAGAGGAUUUAAAUCGUCAAAGUCUCGAGAACCGGACUCGACAGUCAGCUACCCCCUAUGGUGCGUCGAUAUCAGGAAAUCAGGGUGGCUUCUCGAGAAAUGGACGGCAUCCAUUUCCCAAACCAGAACACUCAACGCCAGGUGAUGGAUAUGGCCAUGCACAUGGCUCAGAUUACCGAAAGCAAAGCAUUAGCUCAUAUGAAGACCCUGGGUAUCUGGACGCUGUCAAAGCAUGGUCUCGUCUACGUUUUGUCCGGGCUGGAUGGCUGACCGUGGAAGAGGCUAUGGCGUACAUUGCCUACUACUAUAAGAACCUGGCUCCCCUGAGCCCAAUUGUCAUCCCUGAUUUCUCUCCUCCUUCCACACAUAGAACACUACUCACCGACGAGCCUGUCUUAGCGGUGGCAAUGCUAACCACAGCUUCGCGUCACAUGAAACCUAAAGGCGAUGGCUCUCAUACUCGAGGCUACUAUAUACAUGAUAGGCUUUGGGCUUACCUUCGUGGGAUGAUUGAACGUCUCUUUUGGGGACAGGAGAAGUUCGCUGGCAACCCAGGGAUGAGCACACCUAGGUCUCUUGACAUAGGGUCUCCACAAGCACCCCCGUCCUUGCGGGGAAACCUUCGGUCGCUAGGAACAGUGGAAGCACUCCUGAUAUUGACGGAUUGGCAUCCGAGAAACCUACAUUUCCCUCCUGGUGAUGACGAGAACACUCUGCUAGACGCUGAUGCACUUUUGCCGUCACAGACGCGGGGUGAUGCAGAGAGCGAGAGUCGUGGCCAAAAUGGCGGUGGCCUUGAAGGGCGUCUUGCCUUUCAAAAGUGGCUCGAGCCAACAUGGCGAUCUGAUCGAAUGUCAUGGAUGUUGCUGAGCACUGCCCAGGCUUUGGCCUUUGAGCUUGGCGUAUUCGACCGAAAAGUCCCGAGUCCGCAUGAAUCUAUUGCUGAACAAAUGCGUAAACGACGGGUACGCCGACUCAUUAUCGUGUAUGUUACGCAAGGCAGUGGGCGGCUGGGAAUCCCAUCAAUGCUCCCGCUUGAUAAAUGGAGUGGCGAUAUUGGGCCAUUGUCUCCUCAAGAUGCUUCUGAUGUUGACAUCUCCACUGAUCGGAUGCAAGAUCUUUGGGUCCAGAUAUCAAGAAUCAUGUCUCUGAGUAAUUCUGAUCUUUUUCCUUCCAAGGAACAAUCAUCAGAACUUAUACAGACUGGCCGUUACAAGCAACAAAUUGCAGAGUUCAUACCCAGAUUGCAGACUUUCAAGACCAAUUUAGAGGCCGCCUCUUUAUCUACUCAAAUGCGAAAUAUCCUGUCAAUUGAAUAUGAGUACACCCGAAUCUACGUCAAUUGCUUAGCUCUGCAGGCAGUUGUAGAACGGUGGACUGCAAUUAACAAUGAACCAUCGAACAAAUCCUCUGCCUCUGGGUCACUUCGUGUCCUAAUGGAACUGUACCGGGUCAAUGAGAAAUACAUUCAAGAAGUAGUGGAUGCUUCACGAAGAAUCCUUAAUAUUGUUCUCGAGGGCCUUGUUCCAGGAGACCACUUGAAACACUGUCCGGUGCGAACAUUCUUCAGAAUCUUAUCUGCAAUGAUUUUCAUUUUAAAGACUUUCACCCUGGGUGCGACUGAAGACGAUGUUCGGGUGUCAUUAGCCUUGCAAGAUCGAACUAUAGAAGCCCUCCGAACGUGUGUUGUUGAUGAUGUCCAUCUAAGCAAUACGAUUUCUCGCUUGCUAGAGCUUUUAACGACGAACAUUCGUACCAGGUUUCUCCGUUUCGCACCAACAGAUCGAGGGAUAGACGGCGAUGGUCAUGAACGCAACUCCCAACCAGAUUCACGAGUUUCGUCUCCAAAACCAACAAGAGACAGCUCGCAGGUUCGCAGGGAUGCACAGAAUCAGUGGCAGCAAGCUCAGAAUACCAAUCAGAAUGUUGGCUAUCAAGUCGAUCACGGUCAACAACCCGUAACAAGCUACCAUGAUCCAUUGGCUAAUAUCCCCGCUCAACCAAUCAAUUCAUCCAACAUCGGAGUUUCUUUCAUGCCGCCCCCCCCGUCGGUCUACUAUAACUAUUACGAUCCCAACGACACACCCCCGAAGCUGGACGAGGCUGCUUCAAUCGCACAAUCUGUGCAUGAGGGUGGUCUUCCUGACUGGUUCGCUUUACCGCUAGAUCAGUUCUUCAACAAUUCAACUGGAGGGGUUGAUCAAGGCUUAGGGAGUACAGGGCCGAUGCUAGGUGAGUUCGACAUGCUCGAAGUUCUGCUCAAUGAGCAAUAUGAUAAAGACGGCAGCGCAGGUGCCCAAGGUGGAAAUAAUGGAGUUGGCGCUGUAGAUUCCACACCGGAUACCAAUCAUCAUUCUUUCAUGUGA